CCGGUAAAUACAGCUGUAAACUGCCUGCGGGAUAUUAAUUCAAUGUUACAUAGAUCUGCGCAGUAGGCAGAUAUUACUUAGAAUAAGUGUGGAGAGACGGAGAUACGAGGACAGGAUGGAGCUUAUUAAAACUAGAUGGAAUUCAAUACGAUGCACUGGUUCAAGAAUCGGAUUGUAUGUACAAUCUCCAAUAGCGGCGGCUGACUCUCUUUUGCAAAAAGAGAAAAACGCUCCGAUCGGUUGCCCUCUGUUUUCCAGAUCAUCGAAUAAUGCAAUACAACGUUUCGAAGUCGGCCUGUCACUCUGACAUUUCAUUUUGGCACGUCAAGUCGCACGUUAUCUCGCAUGUAAAGAAUUGAUCGAUUACCAUCCCGAGCGCAAUGUGCGACUGUCCUCAAGACCAGGACGACGGUGAUUCGGACACUGGAAAUACUUGCGCUGGGAGUCAAGUCCAGACCUUCGAAAAAUGCAAGGGCUCCCAGGACCCCGGAGAUCCUGGAAACUGGAAGAUGAUGAGCCUCCUUGAACCCCCUGCGAAAGACGACGACAUGGGAAUAGAAGAAACGCCAAAACCGCCGAGCUCCGAGUGCUCGAGUGACUCGACUAGAGAAUACGAGUUCGUCAAUUCUCAAGAUUACGAGUUCCUCUGUGGCGAAGAGGAGGUUCCGGAGUAUCCCGUAAUUCCCUGCAAACCUUGCGAGCCUGGGGAAGAGGAAGAAGAAACAGAGCCAGACGUCGAGUGCACCUUGGCUAUCAUCAAGCCGGAGGCUGUCGCCUGUCGCAGCGAAAUUGAGGACCGAAUCCUGGAGGAAGGCUUCGAGAUCUAUCAGACUCGGUGGCUCCAGCUGACACCCGAACAGACCUCAGACUUUUACACGGACUGCUACGGGCAGAUAAACUUCGCUCACCUCGUCGCCUACAUGUCGUCAGCUCCGAUAAUCGUCAUGGUUUUAGCCAAGCAAGAUGGAAUUCAGGACUGGCGACACGUGAUGGGACCGACAAAGGUCACCGAAGCUCGACUCUAUUACCCUGACAGUAUCCGAGCCAGGUUUGGUCGGCGUGACGAAGACUUCAAGAACGCCGUUCACGGAAGUGCGAGCCGAGAGCAAGCCGAACGAGAAAUUCACUUCUUUUUCCCGGAGUUUAUCAUAGAACCACUUCUGAAGGGUGAAAUGGCGGCAGACUACCUUUGGGAAGUGAUCAAUAACGUCCUGCUCGAGGGACUAACCUUGUGCUGUAAGCGAAAACCAGCCGACCCUAUUCUGUGGUUGGCAAACUGGCUGAUCCUGAACAAUCCAAAUAAUCCCAAGUUACCGGAGGAUCUGGCUAUGAUACCGACUUGACGAUACUACUGUUGGAUUUAAG